GACAGUCGCUCCCUGUGUACCUCACGCACUCGCAGCCUCUGCGCAUCAUUCGAGGGGGGAAGCUGCCCGCCGCUGUUCCCCGGCUCAAGCCUCUCGCUUCCCGGCUGCAGAGCAACAACACCGCCCGCUCCUCCGUUCUCCCGCAGCUCCGCAACAAGCCGCGCAACUUCAACCGGCUCCCGGCGCCGCUGCACGGGGGAAACACAGCUCUUUUAUUCCCUCAUCGGAAGAAUUAGGAGCAGGAGUGCACGGUUGGAUUUGGUCCGUUUCAUAGACGAGCCGCGCGUCAUGAGGAUUCUACAACUUCCAACAAGGUAUAACGGGGAACAAGGAGGACCUGUCAACGACCGCUAAAUGAAGAGCUUCAGCCAUGCACUGUUCCGUGAAGGCAGUGAUUUUGCUGGCUUUGACCACCAUCGCCAUCCAGUACACGGCCAUCCGGACGCUCACCUCCAUGCCUUUCCAGCUCUGCCCGCUGCCCAGCCCCCAGAACUGCGGCCAGGACACAGAGCCUCCCUCUGAGCGGGCGGCGGCCGGAGGCGCAGGCUGCGAUGAAUUCCCUUACUUGUCCAUCAAUGCCACGCGUAAAAAAACACACAUCCUGAUCCUGGCCACCACUCGCAGCGGCUCGUCCUUCGUGGGGCAGCUGAUCAACCAGCACCAGGACGUGUUCUACCUGUUCGAGCCUCUUUACCACGUCCAGAACACACUGCUGCCGCGUCUGUCCACCAGCCGCUUCGCCACAGAGCGGCGUUUGAUGCUGGGUGCCAGUCGAGACCUUCUGCGCAGCAUAUGUGUUUGCGAUCUUUAUUUCCUGGAGAGCUAUAUCAAACCGACGCCCACCAACCACACCACGGAUAAACUGUUUCGCCGCGGCGUCAGCCGAGCAUUGUGCCAGCAACCUGUGUGUGAUGCCUUUGGCCCUGCUGACGUCAAUGUGGAGGAAGGGGACUGCAUUAAGAAGUGUGCUACUCUAAACAUGACCUUAGCAACGGAGGCGUGCCGCGAGAAACGGAACGUGGCUCUCAAAAUUGUUCGCGUGCCAGAAGUUGAAGAUCUACGAGCUUUGGUGGAGGACCCGCGGCUGAAUAUCAAAGUCAUUCAACUUGUCAGAGACCCGCGAGGUAUCCUGUCGUCACGGAUUGAGACUUUCAGGGACGCGUAUCGUCUGUGGCGUAUCUGGAGGGCCACGGGGAGAAGGCCCUACAAUCUGGACUUGAGUCCGUUCACUGUCCUCUGUGAAGACUUUCUCAAUUCUGUUUCAACCGGUCUCAGCCAUCCCUAUUGGCUCAAAGGGAAGUACAUGUUGGUUCGCUAUGAAGAUUUGGCGAGAAGCCCACUGGUCAAGACGAAGGAGAUCUACGACUUUCUGGGGCUGUCGAUGGAUAAAAACGUGAAAGACUGGAUACAGGCGAACACUCAGGGCACCAACGAGCCCUCGACAAAACACAAGUUUGGCACAAUGAGGGAUUCGGCGGCGAACGCGGAGAGUUGGCGUUUGAAACUGUCGUACGACAUGGUGGAGUACACGCAGACCGUGUGUCAGAAAGUACUCCACCAGCUGGGAUACAAAGCUGUGAGGUCACCGGACGAGCUGAAAAACAUGUCCCUUUCACUGGUGCAGGACAAAACUUUUGUACCUGUUUUGUAACGAAGAUAGCUCUCUAUUGAUUAUUUUUGAUAUAUUUAUAAUUGUUGCCUUAUGAUUUCCUUAGUUAGUUGGUUUUCUUUCCGUUGUUUUUCUGUUUCUUCAAAUUUGCACUAAACUUUAAAGAUAUCGAAUGCACCGAGGGAACCACGGAUCGUUCCCCCAACGUUACAGAACAGCACACUUAAAAACACAAAGCUAGUUUACAAAUGUCUUAUUUCGUUCUUUUUCUAUCAUCUCUGGAACCAAGAUAAGACACUGUCCUCGUUCAUUCCCUGUAUGCAAGCUGUUGUUUGGACAUAUUUUAUACCUGUGGUGGAGAAAGUGGACUGUACAAGCCCAACUGUGCAAUAAAUGGUGAAUGUUGCAGUCAA